AUGGAUGGUUCUGUGAUUAAGGUUAUACAGAUUAAUCUUAACAAGUCUAAACUUGCAGCAGUGGAACUGGGUAAGAAGGAUGAGUAUGAGGUGGCCCUGAUUACCGAACCUUAUACAUAUGGUAAGAUACCUACUCUUUUAGAUGGUUGCCAGGAUAAACUACGGUCAACCAUAGCUGUUAAACCAAGGGCCUGCAUCAGGGUGGACCCUAGGCUGAAACCCUGGCUGGUGGAGGAGUUCACAGACAUGGACAUGGCUACAGUGGCCAUUAAAUCUGGAGGGAAGGUGGUGUAUAUGGCAUCCAUAUACCUGGACAUCAACCUUCCAGUUGAAAAGGUAAAGAUGACUGAAUUAAUUCAGUGUUGUCAUAGGAAGAAAAUUCCUCUUGUGAUGGGACUGGAUACUAACUCACAUAGUCCCCUGUGGGGGUGUGAAGAAACUAACCCUAGAGGUCAGCAUUUGGAGGAGAUAAUCCAUAGUUCUGGAAUCUCGGUACUUAACUGUGGGGAUGAACCCACAUUCCAAACCCUGAAUGGGAGUAGUAUAAUUGAUGUCACUAUGGUUAAUGAGGAGGCAUUGGUUAAUUUAAAUUUGCAGGAAUGGCAAGUUGACCUAACAGAAUCUCUUUCUGAUCAUAAAUACCUUACAUUUAAAUUUGGCUCCUUCAUUCCUAAUAUGGAACAAAGGAGAAACUUUAGAAAAGCAAACUGGGAAAAGUUCUCUGAAAUAGUUGACAAGGGAAUUAGAGAAAGUCAACUACUUGAAAAGGAUGUAAUAACAUGCCUGGAUUAUAGUAUACUACAAGAAGUAAUUAAUAAGGGACUUGAUGUAGUCAGUCCGCUUAGAACACCCAGUGGGAAAAAACCCUGCAGGUGGUGGAAUAAUGAACUAUCUGACUUAAGAGUACAAUUAAGUAAGGUGGGUGAUAAACGUAGAUAUUCGGAAGAACAUCAUGAUAGAUAUAAAGCUUUAAGAGCUCUUUACCGUAAAAAGAUAAAAGAAGCAAAGAGAGAGUCUUGGAGGAGCUUUUGCACAGCAGCAAGAUCAGCCAAGGAUGUAAGCACACUGGUGAAAAUAAUCCAAGGGAAUCCCAGUAAGGGGGUUGCCAUUUUGAAAGGGAUAGAUGGGUACACCAGCACCCCCGAGGAGUCCUUGGGGGUGCUGAUGGAAACACAUUUCCCUGAACAUAAGAAGCAUAUUGACUCAGAAUCUGGGGAGGGGGAGGAGCCUGUCCCCUUGGAGGGCUCUCCCGCCCUGGUGGAGUAUGUGGAUAUGCAUAAAGUCAAAAGGGCUAUAGA